CCUGCCCCAUUGCAAAGGUCCAACCUUGGUCUUCCCACCCAGGUGCACCUUGCAGUGAGCCUUUUCAAGAUCAAGCUCUAUCUGGACUGUAAGAAAAUAGCAGAGAGACCCAUCAACACCAUUGGCAGCAUCUCUACUGCUGGCUUCAUCAUGCUGGGAAAAGUGACACGAACCAGAGGGCCCAGGAGUGGAUCAGUAUCGUUCCAGCUGCAGUCAUUGCAGGUUGUGUGCAACAGCUUAGGGGCAGAGGAGGACCGAUGCUGUGAUCUUCCUGCAUUGAGGGAUGAGGAGAGCUGCCCCACCAUAGCUCCUGCCUGCUCCUGCACUUCUGGCCGCCCAGGUUUGCCAGGUCCUCCAGGUCCCCCUGGGAGCCCUGGGAGGAGAGGACCACAAGGCGAGCAGGGGGAGCCGGGCCCCAAGGGUGAACCAGGCCCACCUGGAAAAGUGGGACCAGCAGGUCCGAGUGGCCAGCAAGGCUCCCCAGGUUCCCAAGGAAUCACAAUUCAGGGCCCUGUGGGGCCACCAGGCAUUAAAGGAGAGAAAGGAGACACUGGAAGUCCUGGCGUGCAGGGCAUUCCUGGUGUGCAGGGAGCUCCAGGCAGAGAUGGUCUUCAAGGUGCAAAGGGGGUGAGGGGACUGGAAGGCACAGCUGGGCCCCCAGGACCUCCUGGACCAAGGGGUUUCCAAGGAGUGACAGGCUUCCGGGGCAGCAGUGGAGAGAAGGGACCUCCAGGUGAUGUUGGGCCAACAGGACUACCAGGUCCAAAAGGAGAAAGAGGAGAGAAAGGGGAACCACAGUCCUUGGCCACAAUUUACCAGCUGGUUAGCCAGGCUUGUGAGCGGAUGAUCCAGAGUCACGUGUUGAAAUUUGACUCAUUCAUUCAUGAGCAUGCAAGGAAGCCGGUUCCUGUUUGGGAAGAAAGACUGAAGCCAGGAGAGCCAGGAUCACCAGGUCCUCCAGGUCCUCCUGGGAGCAAUGGAGAAAGAGGAGAAAAUGGCAUCCCUGGUCAGACAGGAAAAGAUGGGUAUCCUGGAGAAAGAGGUGCCCCAGGACCCAAGGGAGAAAAAGGAAUGGCUGGAGUCAAUGAGGAAGGGAUCCAAGGACCCAGAGGCAGAACAGGCCCACCAGGAGAAGUUGUGCUGGGGAAACCAGGCCCAAAGGGCUACCCUGGGAACACCGGUCCUCAAGGUUUUCCUGGUGUCAGAGGACAGCCUGGGCAGCCUGGAUACUCAGGGGGCUGUGAUGUCUCUGGAUGUUAUGGACCAGGUAGAAGAGAUUUCAUCCCCUGAUGGCCGAUGUGGAGGCAGCUGAGGACAGGUCUCUGCCCUGGAAGUCUCUGGGUAAAAGCUCCAAGAGAAGCAGCAACCUGAACAUCAAAUGUGUUUGUGCUUUUCUUACUUCCCACUAUUUCUAUACGGACAUAUCAAUCAAAUGAAGCCAAUAUCAAACCCACCAAACCAGCCUGAUGAGUCUCAGCCAUCCGCUGUUUUUCAGUGCCGGACACCUGCAGUAUUCAAACUCACAUUGUGUGUCCCACAGCAAGGCACACAGCCAGAGCUACAGGCUGACAGACUCGUAAGAAAAAGAAAUAAUGUAUGGAAAUACUCAGAAAUAACAGAUUUUUGCCCAUUUGUCUGUUGUGGUUUAUUUUUGUCACUUGUUAUUCUGCAUCCCCAGCACGGAGAAAAACAGCACCUCAUGCCCAAAGAUUCGAAAAUCCACUGGAGCAAAAUAGCGUUUUCUGUUGGUUGACAAGGUAACAAAACCUAGCACCAUUUGGGCUGUUUCUACUUUUGGCAAAUGGCUGAUGGCUUUCUUGCAGUGGUGCUCUGUGCAGCAGCACUGCAGUCAGUGCAAUCAUCUCCCUGUGAUGUGAUGAACCCCACCUGCAGCCUCACUUUCUGGGGUCUGAUAAGCGCCCUGUGUCGGGCAGGGCACAGCCAUGCACUGCUAGGAGCUGGAGAUCAACCCACUGGGCUUUCCCACCUUUACUUCCUGCAAUCUGAUCAGCCACUUUGCAUUUUAUCAGGUAGAAUAUUGAAUUGCUCAAGUCUCACUUAUCCAUCUGACGAGGAGGUAAUUGUGAUGUUACGCUCUUUUCCUUUCAUGAGCCAUGGUCUGAUGUGGAUCCAAACUGUGCAGAUACUGAUAAAAAGUACCUUCAGUUUCACAGUUGGUACUUUGGGCUGCCUUUCUACUUCUAUCCCCCACUCCUUCCAUUACAAUCAAUUAUCCCUUAGCUUAAUGCAUUAUGUGGCAUGCAUUAAUUUGCAUGCAGGGAGCUUCUGCAUUCUCAGCUGGCUGUCAAACCUAAUACCUAUGGACAUUGGCAGAUACAAAGCAAUGGGCAGGAAAGGCAAGGAGACCCAAGGGGUAGCCUGCACAGUGGAACCUAAAAUCAACCCCAUCAAACACCCACUAAUGGAGAAAGCAAGUAGCUCAAAGUGCAACGUCUGCACUUUGCAGGUAAUUCUGCAAAUAUAAAUCAGGGCAGCCAAAUUCCCAGCUCUGAGCUUGCUGUUCUGUCUGUUCAAACCCAGUGGCUGCGGGUGGUUUGGCACAGAGCUCCUUUGUUUUUCUCUAUCGAUUAGUUUUGAAAGUGACUAACAUCUUCUCACUGCUCACACUAGGGUUUAAUCCAUGCAGUAGAAUUUCAAGUGGCAUUUGCUUUUUCUGAUUAUUUCAGAUAAAGCAGGAAAGGACAGGAUUUAACAAAACCAGCUCCUGUGAGGGCUAUUGAUUAGGAGAAAGAAAACUUACACGAACAACUUGUUCAUUAACGAUCCUAAACUUUGUCCAGGAGUGGUUUAAUUCACUUGAAAUCACAGGAUUUUGCCCAUUCAAUAUCACGGACUGUUGGUGCCAUUGCUUUGCCACUCAGUUCCUUCAGAGAAUGGCUUAGGUUGGAAGGGACCUUCAAGACCACCUAGUUCCAACCCCCUGCCAUGGGCUGGUUCCCUUCACCAGAUCAGGCUGCUCAGAGCCAUCCAGCCUGGCCUUGAAUGCCUGCAUGGAUGGGGCAUCCACGACUGGAUCCUUGAAGCCCAGUUCCUUGAAACCACCCACUGUGGGUAUUAAUAUCUCACAGUCUUUGCUGGGUGCAACCUGUUGUUUCCCCUGUUGUGUUUUUCCAGCCCCAUUUAUCACCUUUAAUGCAAGCUGUAGUUAAAAGCAGCGGCAUGUAUUAGUAAUGCAGGUUUUUUUCCUAGUAAGGGCUUUGUUCUCAAAGCAUUUAUCUCUAC